AUGAUCAGAUGUCUGUUAGAAGACAGGUUGGGGCUGGCAGCCUGCGUGUGCAUCUCCGGCCACCAGCGCCGCCGCGGUAUUUAUGAGUUUGCAGGCACCGAGGCUCCUCGCCGCCCACAGCCGUCCCAGCCCCGGAAGAGCCGGACGCCUCGGAGUGACGGGCUCCCCAGACAACCGGGGCCCCGGGUCCCACAGGUCCGGCCGGUCCCGGGCGCCCCACGCCCACCCGGGGGCGGGGUGCAGGAAGGGGGACCCAGGAAGGCUUGGUACGCGGCCGCCGCCACCUCCAAGCCGGCCACCAGUGGGCAAGUUUUAAGGCCUCUCUCCUCCGAGGGCUUUCGAGGCCGGUUCCACAACACCAUGGCCCCUUCCCGGCACCAGGUGACAGUUGCCCUCGCAGAAGGCCUUCAGAAGUGGAUGGUGCAGCACGGUGGGGACGGCUGGGUGGUGGAGGAAAACAGGACAACCGUGCCUGGGGCCCCUUCGCAGACCUGCUUCGUGACUUCCUUCAGGUGGUGUCGCAAGAAGCAGGUCUUGGACCUGGAGGAGGAGGGUCUGUGGCCAGAACUGCUGGAUAGUGGCAGGAUUGAGAUUUGUGUCUCUGACUGGUGGGGAGCCCGACAUGACAGUGGCUGUAUGUAUCGGCUCCUUGUCCAACUUCUAGAUGCCAACCAGACCGUCCUGGAUAAAUUCUCUGCUGUACCUGAUACCAUCCAGCAAUGGAAUAACAAUACCUGCUUUCAGGUCACCCAUGUGUUCUCCAACAUCAAAAUGGGCGUCCGUUUUGUGUCUUUUGAACACUGGGGCCAGGACACACAGUUCUGGGCUGGCCACUAUGGAGCCCGUGUGACCAACUCCAGUGUGAUCAUGCGAGUCCGUCCGUCCUAGGCAAGGGCUGCAACUUCUUGCAAGACAGUCUGACUGUGCCUUCCAGGAGCUGGGAUCAUUGGCUGGGACCCCUCAACCAAGCACUUCUACCUCCUUGGCAGACUGGUAACUCCUGGGUCUGGUCAAGGGUCCUGCGAGGCCCUGUUUUCAGGUUCUGGAAAAUACUGGAAGAAGUUUCUUCCAUCAGAUCUACCUACUGUUGCUACUUUAGCGGGGCCCUGCCUUACUGAGGGGAGACCCACAGGUGAGCAUGGGGGGGUGCUGGUCUUAGAGAGAGCUUCUCGCCCUCGCCUGUCCUCCCUCCCCACCAACAGUCCUCUGACUGAGCCCCAGACCCUUCUCCCCAUCCCCUCCAUUGGCAUUUUGUCUCCUCCUGCUUCUGCUUCAGGGACUUUCUUGGUCCCUUCAGGGAAACCCUCUACUCAUCUCUGACCUUAGAAUCUCAUCCUUGGACUAAGCAAAAUUCCAGCUGCCUUGGGUGGUGAAUUUAGCCUCCUGAGGCUAUUGAGCUACAGGGCUGGGACCAGGUCUCGCAGCUGAAAGUCAGCUAGGUCAGAAACAGUGUGUGGAGAUAGAUGGUUCUGCCCACACUAAGUUCUCUGAAAAAUGAGAGCCCAACUCUGAGACCCAACCCUGAUCCUCAAGGACCUCUGUAAUUGUGUGGUAUUUAAAAUUAUUUUAUUUUUCAUUUUGACAUUUUGGCAAUGAGAGGAUAAUAUAUCAGCAACAUGUAUCUGCUAAGCAUAUGUAAUAAAUUUAUUAUUUUGCCAAAA